UCGAUGUCAAUGCGCGAAGACGCGGAAACAGACGUGGCGGACUGCGGGAGGCCAAAAAUCCUUCACGUUUUCUUUUGCUGCCCUGGGGACCUCCGCAACCGCCAAUGCCACUUCAACAAGGCGACCUAUAACACAUACCCAUAGUCGGCUCAUACACCCAUAUACUCGCUGGCAGGGUAUCUCCCACCCGAACUGUCUCCGGAAAUCACCAUCUUGAGAAGGAAAGUCACGGACUUCUCCAGCAACGACAGCCGUUCAGAGAGCGGAGGUGGAUUUCCCAGCGUCGAAAAAGAGACUGUGCGGAAACCAAACACCACUUCAAUCGAAGGAGUGUUGCAGCCGUGUUGGAUAGCUCCACGCAUAUCCGCUGUCGGAUCACAGUUGAUGUCUAUCGAAAGAACUCCGCUGUCGCAUUUCCACCAAUUCGCUGCUCUGCGGAGCAGCAGGCCCCAAGAUGAUGGAGAGGUUGGAAAUCCCAUCCACCGCCGACAUGGCAUUGGCUUCUAGGCGUGGUGCAUAUACUUUGAGCUCACCUGCGGAAACGCCUACGAUUGAUGGGGCCAUUGCAGCCCGAGCGCCCAUACCCAAGGUUGUAAUAAGUGGAGGACUAGCCGGCUGCAUAGCGGACUGUAUAAUGCACCCUCUGGAUACGGUCAAGACUAGAAUGCAAAAGGAUGGAGCAUCGCCAGGAACAAGAAAGUACAAUGGAACGUAUCAAGCUCUGCGAACGAUCUAUUCAGCUGAAGGGCGAUCAGGACUGUUCGGGGGUUUCCGAGCCGCAGGAUCAGGGUCUCUAGCCGCCACUACCCUCUAUUUUGCAAGCUACGAAAGCCUAAAGCGAAAGUUCAUUGACGCCGACGUGAACGAGACAAUAAGCUAUUUCACUGCAGCAACUGUCGCCGAACUGCUUGCCUCGGUCUUCUACGUCCCAUCAGAGCUCGUCAAAACGCGGAUGCAGUUGCAGGGCAGGUAUAACAACCCCGAGAGCCUCUCGAGGUAUAAUUAUCGGUCGGAUAUGGACGCGUUGCGAAGCGUAUCGCGGGGAGGGAGCUUGUUUCAUGGAUGGGGGACAACGAUGGGGAGAGAUAUCCCGUUCACCGCCGCGCAGUUUACAUUAUAUGAAACCAUCCGCGGAUUCAUAAUACGAACCUACGGACCCCGCGGGUCCGGCGUCUCCGAAAUCGUCCGCUGCGACAUCAUCCCUGGCGCAUCAGCCGGUUUCGCAGCAGGCCUCCUAACAACUCCUCUGGACGUUGUCAAGACCUACCUCCAGACCCAAAGCAAGCAACACAGCAAGUUCCACCACCUCCACUCACCCUCCGCGCCACCGUUGCCUACCGCCAUACCGAUAGGAACAGUAGCAGCCGCAGCAGUGGCAACACCAUCACUACCAAAAUCAUCACAUCACCCAUAUUACGACACGGCGUGGAGCGCAUAUAAGGGCAUUUACCGCGAUAACGGCAUCAAGGGGUUAUUUAGUGGGGCCGUUCCGAGAGCUACAUGGACGGGAUGUCAGAGCACCAUUAUGUUUUUCUUGCUUGAGGCAUUUCUGAACUCGUAGGAUAGCUGCGUUCUCGUUGUAUUCGUAAUUAAUAGAUAAACAUAUUGCCGAAAUUUAGCGGAUGCGUUGUUGGCAGUCAAACGAAGCU